AUGGCAAGAUCAAUCAAAAAAUCAGCCAUUGAGUCCAGUACUCAAGCCAAUCCCGACCUUGCAACGGAUGUGGGGUUUGUGGAGGAGCUGCAUCAACGACCCUUCAGCCUGUGGAGCACACUGGGACUAGCCUUUUCGGUCACUUGCACACCUCUAUCCAUCGGCUCUUACCUCUCCAUCAGCGUGGGUGUCGGAGGAAGCCCUGUGUUCUUCUUUGGGUACAUCUUCUCUGCGCUGAUGAAUCUCUGCAUCUGCCUUUCUUUGGCCGAGAUUUCGGCAGUAUAUCCCCAUGCAUCGGGUCAAAUAUACUGGACUGCAGUCUUGUGCCCGAAGAAGUUCGCACGACCAUUGAGCUAUCUCAGCGGUUGGCUAACUUCUGCUGGCUGGCUCUUCUGGUGUGCCGCAUCGUGUCUCCUAACCUCACAACUCACCUGGGCUCUCGUCCAAGCCUGCGACUCAGCCAUUGUGACCCAAGCCUGGCACUUCUACUUGCUUUUCAUCGCGUGCGCUUCUAUCGCAUUGGUAAUCAACAUCCCACUAUUUCGAUGGUAUCCGCAUCUCUUGAAGACCAUGAUCUUCUACACCAACAUAGGAGCUAUCUUUAUCUUCAUCGCUAUCCUUGUCCGAGCAACCCCCAAGCAAAGCGCCAGAGCGGUGUUUGUGGAUAUCAUCAACCUGACGGGCUGGGAUUCCAAGGGUGUGGUAUUUUUCAUUGGGCUUCUACCAGGUGUGACUGCGGUGAAUGCAUUCGAUUCAGCAGCACAUAUGUCUGAGGAAAUGCCUGAGCCCAAAAAGCAGGUUCCCAAAGUCAUGGUAAUCAGCGCUUUACUCAGCUUCGUCGCUGCUAUCCCAAUGGUCUUAGCGUAUCUAUUCUCAAUUGUUGACCAAGAAGCUCUCUACACCCCAGUGGGUGGCCAGCCUAUCAUCCAGCUCUUUCUUGAUUCAAUGGCCUCGUUGCCAUUAACCAUAAUAUCGUCCCUACUGCUUAUCGUCUCGAUGACCAUGUCUGCAGUCACCAUCCUUACAACAUUCAGCAGGAUUUGGUGGUCUCUAGCAAGGGAAAAUGGCACACCAUUCCCUUGCUUGUUCUCAAAAAUAAGUGGCGGGAAUGAAUUGCCCGUUCCUGCUAUCCUGUUUGGUUUCUCUGCUACGGUCGCUCUCGGCGCGAUCCAGCUCGGUUCAAUAACUGCGAUCAAUGCAAUCCUCGGUGCUGGCAUUAUUUGCAUUAUGUUGUCUUACGUUGUGCCCAUUAUCGCGUUCAUCGGAGCCAGAAAGAACCUUCCCAAGAAGCGUUAUUUCAACCUCGGGCGCUUUGGGGUGGUCUUGAAUAUCAUUGCCAUUGUGUGGACCAUUUUCAUCACAGUAUGGCUUUUCUUCCCUCUUUAUCUUCCUGUCACGGCUGUGACCAUGAAUUAUGCAAUUGCUGUCGUGGCUGGAGUUUGUGUUGUUAGCUUGAUCAAUUGGUUCGCUCAUUCCCGAAAGUCGUACAGAGUGCCACAAGCGGUUUUGGAGACAGAAGAUGCAACGGGUGGUGCCUGA